AUGCAACUGAACAAGAAUAUACUCAGGUUGGUUAUGACAAGAAGGAUGUCUGGGAGCGUUAAACAUUAUGACUAUUUGGUGAUCGGAGGUGGAUCUGGUGGUGUUGCCUCGAGCAGAAGAGCUGCCUCCUAUGGCGCGAAGACUCUCCUGAUUGAAGGAAAAGCAAUGGGCGGAACCUGUGUCAAUGUUGGAUGUGUACCAAAGAAAGUGAUGUGGUACGCUUCCGAUUUGGCCACCCGUCUGACUCAGGCCAACGAGUAUGGGCUCUUCCAGCAGACUGAGCUUACCAGAGAGAAGUUGACUUUCAACUGGCCGCAAUUCAAGGAGAAAAGGGAUGCUUACAUUCAAAGACUGAACGGCAUUUACGAACGAAACCUGGCCAAGGAAGGCGUUGACUUCAUCUACGGUUGGGCCAAGUUCAACAAACAGGGCCAAGUCGAGGUUGUGAAGCAUGACAGCACCAAGGAAGUGUUCACAGCGGACCACAUCUUGAUCGCCACAGGCGGCGAGCCAAUAAAGCCAGACGGAAUUGAAGGCUAUGAGCACGGCAUCGACUCUGACGAUUUCUUCAAGUUGACUGAACAACCAAAAAAAGUUGUUGUGUCAGGCGCAGGCUACAUUGGUGUGGAGUUAGCCGGUGUUUUCCAUGGCUUGGGGAGCGAGACCCAUAUGGUUAUCAGAGGCGAGACUUUACUGCGUAAAUUUGAUGAGUGCAUCCAAAACACCAUCACUGACCACUACGUAAACGAGGGUAUCAAUAUUCAUAAGACCGCAAAGAUUGACAAGGUCCACAAAGACGAGGGCACUGGUAAGUUGAGCGUCCACCUCGACAACGGCGAGUCGAUCGAAGACGUUGACCAGUUGCUGUGGACCAUUGGACGUAAGACAUUGCUGGGUAUUGGCAUCGACAAUGUCGGCGUUAAAACUAAUGAGAGACAGCAAGUCAUGGUUGAUGAAUACCAGAACACGACGGCACAAAACAUCUACGCCCUGGGGGACGUCGUGGGGAAGGUUGAGUUGACUCCAGUUGCAAUCGCUGCAGGUAGGAAGCUAGCUAACAGGCUUUUCGGCCCUGAAGAGUUUGCCAAGCAGAAGCAAGACUACGAAAAUGUUCCUAGUGUAGUUUUCUCGCAUCCUGAGGCUGGUACUAUCGGCUUGACUGAAGAGCAGGCUGUUGAAAAGUUUGGCCAAGAAAACGUCAAGGUUUACCGCAGCAAGUUCACCGCCAUGUACUACGCCAUGCUGGAGCACAAGUCCCCAACCUUAUACAAGCUGGUGUGCGCAGGCAAAGACGAGAAGGUCGUCGGUUUGCACAUUGUCGGGGACUCUUCAGCCGAGAUCUUGCAGGGUUUCGGCGUGGCUGUCAAAAUGGGCGCUACAAAGGCAGACUUUGAUUCCUGCGUUGCCAUCCAUCCUACCAGCGCUGAAGAACUAGUUACUUUAAGAUAG